AUGACUGCGGGUGUAUACCAAGUGAUAGCUUUGAUAACUUUAAAAAUCCUGCAGAAAUUCACUGCGGGGAGAGCUAGGAGUUUGGUGUGCCUCAAGGGGAAGACCGCUAUUGUUACUGGAGGCACUUCAGGUAUCGGAUAUGAGACAGCACUAGUACUAGCCUCACGCGGCGCUAGAGUCAUCAUAGCAGACAGAAAAGAUGGCACCAAGGUGAAACAGCAGAUCAUCGACAUCACCCAGAACGAAGAUAUUGAGACGAAAAUCUUAGACUUGAGCAGUUUGCAGUCGGUGAGACGAUUUGCCAAGGAAAUUAACGAAACUGAGGAACGUCUGGAUAUUUUAAUCAAUAAUGCCGGUACUUGGAAGGUGACCAAUAAACACUCGGACGAUGGACUUCAUGAAACUAUGCAGGUUAACCACUUCGGGCCAUUCCUGCUCACGCAUCUGCUUUCAGGAUUACUGAAGAAAUCCGCCCCAAGCAGGAUAAUAUUCGUCAACUCAGCAUACGCUUUCUGCAGCAACCUGUCAUUAGAGUCCUUGAACCCGCCUCAAGGUCACCCAAUGACCUUCCUGCGCAACUCUCUUAUCUACGCCAAUUCAAAACUGGCAAAUAUCAUAACAGCGAACGGAUUUGCUGAAAGGCUGAAGGAAUUUGGAGUUACCAGCAACUCCUUGCAUCCAGGUCUAAGUAUCGAAGAAGGAGCCCAAACUACGAUACACCUGGCCCUGUCGAAGAAACUGAAGGACGUCACUGGCAGACACUUCUGGGACUGCAGAGUAUUCCCUAUGCCGCCUGGCGCGUGGAACAAGAAGUUCUCUGACGAUGUAUGGGAAGCCAGCGAGAAGUUAGUUCAACUGAAACCCGAGGAGAAGAUUUAAGCUACCAUUUGUCAACUGUCUACUAAUCUUAUAGAGCGGAGCUUUGAACCAGCUAGCAAUGACUGGUGACUAUCACAGAUUAAAAGUACGACAUUCACAUGACUACCAGUACCAGCUGUAUGCUUAAGUUAACUCAGGUGAAGUGAAAUGUGCUUCUUUAGUAGAUCAGUCUUCCCCAUAUUCCGUAUUCUAGAUAUAAUGUUUAUACGAG